GAGCUGCAUCCUACCUGGUUAGGAGGUGUAUUGCCUUCCCACACCCCGGUCUCUCGUACUCAUCCGAUUGUAGGGAGAGGAAGUCUUGACUUGGGAAGCUAAGCGAGCAAAGUGAUCCAGAUGGGUACUUGGAAACCUUUUCUUUGCUCCCCCUUUCUUCCGUGGAAUCAAAGUAGAGGAGUAAGAUUGAUGCUCUUGUUGCUGGCUCUGCAUUUGGGAAACUGUGUUGAUAAAACAGAUGAUGAAGAUGAUGAGGAUUUAACAGUGAACAAAACUUGGGUCUUAGCACCUAAAAUUCAUGAAGGAGAUAUAACACAAAUUCUCAACUCACUGCUUCAAGGCUAUGAUAAUAAACUUCGCCCAGAUAUAGGAGUGAGACCCACAGUAAUUGAAACUGAUGUUUAUGUUAACAGCAUUGGACCAGUUGAUCCCAUAAAUAUGGAAUAUACAAUAGAUAUCAUUUUUGCGCAAACCUGGUUUGAUAGUCGUUUAAAAUUCAAUAGUACUAUGAAAGUGCUAAUGCUUAACAGUAACAUGGUUGGAAAAAUUUGGAUUCCUGACACUUUCUUCAGAAACUCAAGAAAAUCAGAUGCUCACUGGAUUACCACUCCUAAUCGUCUGCUUCGAAUUUGGAAUAAUGGACGAGUGCUCUAUACUCUCAGAUUGACAAUUAAUGCAGAAUGUUACCUUCAGCUUCAUAACUUCCCUAUGGAUGAACAUUCCUGUCCACUGGAAUUCUCAAGCUAUGGAUACCCUAAAAACGAAAUUCAAUAUAAGUGGAAAAGACCUUCUGUAGAAGUGGCUGAUCCCAAAUACUGGAGAUUAUAUCAGUUUGCAUUUGCAGGUUUACGGAACUCAACUGAAAUCUCUCACACAAUUUCUGGGGAUUAUGUUGUCAUGACAAUAUUUUUUGACCUGAGCAGACGAAUGGGAUAUUUUACCAUUCAAACCUACAUUCCAUGUAUUCUGACAGUUGUUCUUUCUUGGGUAUCUUUUUGGAUCAAUAAAGAUGCAGUGCCUGCAAGAACAUCACUUGGUAUCACUACCGUUCUGACUAUGACAACUCUAAGUACAAUUGCUAGGAAGUCAUUACCCAAGGUUUCUUAUGUGACAGCGAUGGAUCUUUUUGUUUCUGUUUGUUUCAUUUUUGUUUUUGCAGCAUUGAUGGAAUAUGGAGCCCUGCAUUAUUUUACCAGCAACAAGAAAGAAGACAUACCUAGAGACAGAAAAGUCAAAACCAAAGCCUCCAUGAUUCCUGGACUUCAUCCUGGAUCCACAUUGAUUCCAAUGAAUAGCCUUUCUAUGCCACAAAGUGAUGAUGAGUAUGGAUACCAGUGUUUGGAGGGCAAAGAUUGCGCCAGCUUCUUCUGUUGCUUUGAGGACUGCAAAACAGGAUCUUGGAGGGAAGGAAGGCUACAUAUUCGCAUUGCCAAGAUUGAUUCCUAUUCUCGAAUAUUUUUCCCAACAGCCUUUGCCCUGUUCAAUUUGGUUUAUUGGGUUGGCUAUCUUUACCUAUAACUUCUACUGGCUAGGCAAAAGUCAUAAAACUUCAAGUACAAUAU